GUUACUGAACGGAAAAAACGAAACAGUAGUCGAACAGUUAUUUCAUUGAUGUACACGGCUCUUAUGUGGUAAAUGGUUACAGAGCUGGUGAACCGAAUUUCGAAGGUUAUGCCGAUGAAAAUGUAACCGAUUUUAAGUAUUGUCUCUGUGAAGCGAAAGACAUGACAUUUGUGCGAAAAGUCCACAGGUUGUAUAAAUAUUGUGACCGAAAUGGGAAGCAGUAUCAUUGUUCAAAUCAACGUCUAAUGGUGAUAGCAUCAAGAAGUGCAAUCAAAAUGUUCAAAUUCGCUCUUCUCAUCGUAUCUCUGACCUGCGCCAGCGCUGGGUACGCUGGACAGCAGACUACUUACGUCGCACCGGUAGCUGCACACUACGCUGCUGCACCUGCCGUUAGUUACAGUACCGCCACACGCAGCCACGCACCAAUUCUCACCCAAGGAUACGCCCACUCUACUCCCGUAUUGGUCGCACCAGUCCAGGCAUACUCCGCUCCAUUAACCAAAUCUUACGCAUAUGGAAACAACUAUGCUCCAGUUCUUGCCUAUAAUCAAGGAUAUGCCCCAGCCCUAAGCCACAACGGUUACGGACACGCUGCAUAUGCCACUCCAUUGGUCACCAAGACUGUUGCUAUUGCCCAGCCUCAGCUCUACCAGCAAAACACAUAUGUCGCUCAUCCAGCUCCAGUAUGGACCUCAAAUAACUACAACAACUAUCAUGGGCAUUAUGCUCACUAAAUUCACCCAAAAACCUGGUCAUGAUUUUACGUUCGUUGAAUAGAAAUACAUUAAUAAAUUAAUCGAAA